CAAGUCCCGCCCCGCAGGCGGUACCGGAAGUGGCGGGCUGGGAUCAGCCUUUAAGAUGGCGUCUCCUCAGGGGGGCCAGAUUGCGAUCGCGAUGAGGCUUCGGAACCAGCUCCAGUCAGUGUACAAGAUGGACCCGCUACGGAACGAGGAGGAGGUCCGAGUGAAGAUCAAAGACCUGAAUGAGCACAUCGUUUGCUGCCUGUGCGCAGGCUACUUCGUGGAUGCCACCACCAUCACAGAGUGCCUCCACACCUUCUGCAAAAGUUGUAUCGUGAAGUACCUGCAGACCAGCAAGUACUGCCCCAUGUGCAACAUCAAGAUCCACGAGACGCAGCCGCUGCUCAACCUCAAACUGGAUCGGGUCAUGCAGGACAUAGUGUACAAGCUAGUACCAGGCUUGCAAGACAGUGAAGAGAAACGGAUUCGGGAAUUCUAUCAGUCCCGAGGCUUGGACAGAGUCUCCCAGCCCAGUGGGGAAGAGCCAGCCCUGAGCAACCUUGGCCUCCCUUUCAGCAGUUUUGACCACUCCAAAGCUCACUAUUAUCGCUAUGAUGAGCAGCUGAGCCUGUGCCUGGAGCGGCUGAGUUCUGGCAAAGACAAGAAUAAAAAUGUCCUUCAGAACAAAUAUGUCCGGUGCUCUGUUAGAGCUGAGGUUCGUCAUCUCCGAAGGGUUCUGUGUCACCGCCUAAUGCUAAAUCCACAACAUGUACAGCUCCUUUUUGACAAUGAAGUUCUCCCUGAUCACAUGACAAUGAAGCAGCUCUGGCUGUCCCGCUGGUUCGGCAAGCCGUCUCCUUUGCUUUUACAAUACAGUGUGAAAGAGAAGAGGAGGUAGGGGCCAGUCCUGCUUCCACCCCCUUCCCACCCCUCCCCAGAUAUUUAUGUGAAAUUAACUGUGUC